AUGGUAUGUAUAAGGCAAGGUGAUGUAUCUGAAGAUAAUGGUAAAGGUGCCGAUAAAGUUUCACUAAUUAAUAAUUUGCAGAUGGCCAUUAUUAUGACACUUCUCAAGGAAUCACCUCAACCCUGUUUAAAUGAUACAAGGAAAAUUGUAAACCAAAAAACCUCUAAGUUGAAAAUAGUUUUUGAUGACUCUAGUAAGAAUAACUAUAUAUUGGAGAAUUAG